AUGGGCGCCGCGGACCUGACGGGCGUCGGCAAGCCGCCCGAACGCGCCUCGUACUUAACUAAAGACGCGUUCGCCGCGGCAGCGCGCAAAUGGCUCGCGACGGUGAAGCAGCGCGUGCAGAAGCUGAUUCAGCAGGCGUCGGGAGGCGGAGGGAAGGGGCGCGGAUCGAGCAAGGGGAACGGCGGACGCGGGAACACCACAACCGUUGACCGCUGCCUAGGCUACACGCCCUUCACCGCCAAGGACCUCGCCAAGCUGCGUGUGCUUACGCCAAUCACUCUUAUCUCGCUCCUCUCUCGCUGUGCCUCCCCUCUGCCCACCGCCAGACCGCAGUCUGGGCUACGUCCCCCCCACGACCAAGGAUCUCGCCAAGCUGCCCAAUCUCAACACCGUCUCAACUCCUCCCCCAUUCCCUUUCUCCCUGCGCCUCCCCCAACCCCCCACCGCCAGACCGCAGUCUGGGGUACGUCCCCCCCCACGACCAAGGACCUCAAUCCCGCCAAGCUGCCCAAUCUCAACACCGUCUCGCGCUACCUCACCGUCGGUCUCACGCUCGACCCGACCUCGCAGAAGAUCACUGCUGUUGACUUGUGGGCGGCCAUUGACUUCAUUGGCUUGGGCCCAUAUGCCAUCAAACCCCUCCCAGGAGCCUGCUGGGCGUACGCGGCAGCGCGGGCGGUGCAGGGCGCGUAUGCGAAGCUCAAAGAGACGGACGAUGAUGUGUUCCCCGGCGGGAUGAGUCUGUCCGUGCAGCAGCUGGUGGACUGCACUGGCGCUGCUGCCUCGUGCCGGGGGGGGUACCCUGAGGCUGCCCUGCAGUACGCGGCUAAGAUCGGGCUGCAGGACGAGGCGGGAUAUUCCUACACGGGGGCCAGCGGCAAGUGCAGCGUUAACAAGGAUACGGACUUUUACAACAUCUCGAUGUACGAGCAGGUGCCACUGCCGGGGCCGCUGGGGCUCAUUCUCGCGCUGCAGAAGCAACCCGUCAUCGUCACCAUCCGCGCCUCUGCGCAGGACUUUAUUGACUAUGCGGAGGGCAUUUAUGAGGGCUGGAACUGCUACAGCCCCGUGGGGGAGGUCGUUGGGGACAGACAGGGCAAUGGUUUCAGAGCGACAGCCACUGCCACCAACAACACGGGGCUGCUGGACCACGUGAUGCUGGCCGUGGGGUACAACUAUGUUGUGCCGGGAAGCGCGCAGAAUUAUUUCAUUCUGAAGAACAGCUGGGGGCCAAAUUGGGGGGAGAAUGGUUACAUGAAGAUUCGCAUGGAGGGUGACGCGUUCGGCACGUGCGGCAUGCUGGUGAACCGCGGGCUGUACCCCGUUGUGAAUGCCCACCAGACCACAGACCCCUGUGGCACGUCACCGUGUGGGGGGGGCACGUGUGAGGCGGACGAGAGUGGCAACGGCAAGUACACGUGUCAGUGCUCGGACCUGCUGGUGCCAGCUGUCAACCGCGACGGCACUCCCACCUGCACCAUCAUCGAGAUCUGCAGUGUGCUACCCACCAACCCCUGCGUGGUAGGGCAGUGCAUCAACAGCGGUGACGGCGGCUACUCGUGCCUCUGCCCGCCCAAUUACAAGACGAGUGUGCUCGCCUCCGGCCAGACCACCUGCGUGCCUGAGAUGUCUGGGAGCAGUGCAGCAGCGGUGCAGGGCACGUACACAGUGCAGGGCGGGGAGACCUGUGGCGCCAUCUAUGGCUUCAUCGGCCUCACCCAGGAGCAGUUCCUCGCACAGAAUGAGGUAAGAGUGAUUAGAGAUAUAGGAGCAGUUCCUCCUGCAGAACGAU